AUGGAAAACCUAGACAACCAGGAAAACACCAAAGUAACACUCAUAAAUAAUGUCACCUCAGUUAUUCUCCUAGGAUUAUCAGAUCUUCAAUGCUUUAAAUUCCCGUUCUUCUCACUCCUGGUUCUUAUAUAUUGUGCCACCAUUUCAGGAAACCUUCUCAUCAUUGCGCUGUAUCUAUUGAGCAAAACCCUUCAGUCCCCCAUGUACUUCUUCAUUACACAGCUCUCCAUCUUUGACGUUCUGCUGACUACAGACAUUGUCCCUGUCCUUCUCUCCACUGUACUGUAUGGAGGGAGCUCUAUGACCCUCAUCGGAUGCAUCACUCAGUUUGCUAUCUUUGUAAUGUUGGAGGCCUCUGAAUGUCUUCUGCUGUCGGUGAUGUCCUAUGAUCGGUAUGUGGCCAUCUGUAACCCCCUCCGCUAUAAUUCCAUCAUGACUUGUUGGUUUUGCGUGAUCUCAGUAAAUCUCAUAUGGUUGCUUGGUUUCCUUGUGAUGUUGAUAUAUGUGAUUUCUAUCUAUAGUUUACAUUUCUGUGGACCUCACAGCAUUGACAAUUUCUUCUGUGAUUUAAAGCCCAUCAUGCAACUCUCCUGCUCAAACACGACCAUCAUUUAUAUUGAGAUUUUAAUAAUUGGACCUUUAAAUGGAUUCUGUCCAUUUAUAAUAAUUGUGGUGUCCUAUGUGUCCAUUGUCAUCACCAUUCUGAAGAUCCCAUCCAAUACUGGUAGACAGAAAGCCUUCUCCACCUGUAGCUCCCACCUCAUUGUGGUCUCCAUAUUCUAUGGGACAUUGCUCAUUGUUUAUUUGUUUCCAAUAAGAGAAAAGUCCCUGCUCCUGAGUAAGAUCUUGUCUCUAAGCUACACCGUGCUGACUCCACUGCUAAAUCCUAUUAUAUAUACCCUGAGGAACAAAGACUUCAAAGAAGCUUUUUAUAAGAUUAGACAUGAUAUCCAAUCUGGUCAUGAUGGGUUAUUAUAA